AUGUGCCUUAUUUCUAUUUUAUUAAUACUAAUGAGUCAUACCUACGGAUCUUGUGAUUUAAAUUGUAUUAAAUGUGAAAGAAAUAUUUGUACUUUAUGUGAUGAUGGUUUUACUUUAGAUAACGAAGGUUCCUGUGCACAGUGCUUGGAUUACUGCAAAAUAUGUUCCUCAGCUUCAAUUUUAACUUGUAACUCUUGUUUUCCUAAUUACUAUCUUAAAGAUAAUUCUUGCAUUCCUUGUUCCAAUAAAUCAAAUUGUCAAACUUGUUCUACUAAUUCAAGUGAGUGUUUAGUUUGUGAAGACGGAUAUUAUCUAAACGAAGGGGAGUGUUUAUCUUGUUCCUUAAAAGCAUGUAAAUUAUGUAAUUCAAUGACUGGAGAGUGUUCGUCAUGUUUACCAGGAUACUAUUUAGAUAGAGAUUCAUGUAUUGAGUGUUCAAAUAAAGAAAAUUGUAAAACAUGUUCUACUGAUUCAAAUAAAUGUUUAGUCUGUGAAGACGGAUAUUAUCCAAAUGAGGGGGAGUGUUUAUCUUGUUCUUCAAAAAAUUGUGGAGAUGAUUGUAAUACUUCUGAUGGAACAUGUACUACCUGUAUUAAUAAUUGUUAUCCUGAAAAUGGUAUUUGUAAAGAGUGUUCUACUCUUGAUUCAAAUUGUCAAAGUUGUUCUGCUAAAAGUGGAGUUUGCCUAAAAUGUCAAAUAGGAUUUAACUUAGCUAGUGACCAGACCAAGUGUGUUAAAUGUGAGAAUAAUAUUGGUUGUGAAAUUUGUGAUCCAACAUCAGAAAAGUGUGGUGCAUGUAAAGACAGGUAUUACCUUGACCCAUCUUCUCAUCUUUGUGGUUCAUGUUCAUCACAUUGUAUGAAAUGUGUUUCUAGUAGUAAGUGCAUUUCUUGUGAAGACUCUUAUAUACUUUAUCAGGGUUCUUGUGUUCAAAAAGAGUGUGAUACGACAACAACAGAAAAUAUUGAUAUUACAUGUGGUGAAAACUGUAACUCUCUAAUAACAGACAAACCAAAAUGUUCACAUAUCAAUACACCAGCUGAAACAUGUGAUAAAAGUAAACAACGAUUAAAUGAUGAAGAGUGUAUCCUUUGUAAAGACGGGUAUUUAUUAAAUUCUAAUAGUUGCAUUGAAUUAUCAAAUUAUGUUCAAUGUAAUAGAGAAGUUUGUUUUACUAAAGAAGGUUUUUACCAAGAUGUCUCUUCAAAAGAGAUCAAAUCGUGUCUUAAUGAAUUUGAAGUUGGUAGCACUUCUUUUUGUAGAAUUUAUAAAGAGAAAGUAUAUCCUCUUAAAUGUUCAGAUAAAUAUUAUUAUUUAAAUAGAUACUCAGAUUCAGUUCAAUGCGUUUCAUCAAUACCAAAUUGUAAGAAAUACAUUGGAAAUGAAUGUGUUGAAUGCGAAUCUCAUUAUUAUAUUGAAGGAGGUAUUUGUUCUCCUUGUAGUGAAGAAUGUUUGGAAUGUGAAGGAAGUGCAAAUACUUGUAUUUCAUGUGACACUACAAAAAGAUACAAAACCAACCAAACUUGUAAAUUAAGAACAGUCAAUGGGGUUGAUAUAUGUGAAAGAGUUGAUGUUAAUUUAACAACUUGUAAAAUAUGUGGUGAAAAUUAUUAUUUAAGUGAUACUGGUGAAUGUAUUGAAACUGUAGUACCUAACUGUGCUAAACAAGUUGGAACUGAUUGUGAAAAAUGUGUUAGGUCAUUUGUUAAAAAGAACAACCAAUGUAUUAAGUGUGACGGUAGUGUCACAAAUGGACUUUGUUAUUAUCCAGUAGGAUUGAAAAGUAAUAUUAAAACAGAAAUAGAAAAUAGUUGCAUGGUAAGAAAUGAAAUUGGAUGUGUUCGUUGUCAAACUGGGUAUUAUCUUGAUUCUACUACUACAACAUGUAGAGCAUGUAAAGAAGAGUGUAGUUCUUGUACAUCAUUAAAUCAAUGUAGUUCUUGUAAACCAGGAUAUUAUUUAAGUAAUGGUGAUUGUGUUUCAUCAUCAGGAAAUUGUAAUAGAUUUAUUAUAGGUAAUACUCAAAGUUGUUUAGAGUGCAAAGAAGGAUAUUAUAGAAAUUCUUCAUUAAUGUGUGAUGUAUGUCCAGAAGGAUGUCGUUGUGUAAAACCUGAUUUCUGUACUUCAUGUUUUACUGGAUAUUUCAAGACUCCUGAUAUGCUUUGGUGUGAAUCAACAAUUAGUUUAACUCAUUGUACAAAUAUUACAGUGGAAGGUUGUACAGAAUGUGAAGAAGGUACAUAUCUUUCUAAUGGAAGAUGUAAAAAAUGUGGGAUAGGAUGUAAAACAUGCAAAGAAAGUGGAGAUGAUUCAUGUACAUCAUGUAAAGAAGGAUUUAUCAGGUCAUCAGAAAGCAAAAUAUUCUCAUGUACUUAUUACACCAAUGUAUCAAACUGUUUACAGGAAGAGAAUGAGCAUUGUGUUUUAUGUUCUAGAAGAUAUAAAUUGAGUGAUAAUAGGUUAAAAUGUGAAGAAAAAUCAAUGACAGGUAUAAUUACAGUGUUUGCUGUGUCGUGCAUUUUAGUAUUAUUAAUUAUUAUCAUCAUGACCCAAUUAAUUGGAUUAUCGUGUAUUGAAAUAUCAAGAAGAAAACACAAUUCAAAAGUUGAAUGCAAAACUGUAUGUAUUUUUAAGAUGAAAUAUAGUAAUUUAAAAUUCUCUCUUAUUAAUGAAAAACCAUCAAUAGUAACAAAUAAAAGUAUUAUUCGAUUUGAUCUUGAUAAUGAAGUACUUCCAGUAGGUAAGGAAUCAAGAGAUUUGGUUUGUAUUGGUAAUAAUGGAAAUAAUAAAAUUAAAAUUCAAACCACUUUAAAAGAAUCAAAUGACAAGUACCUAUUGGAGAUUCAACCACCACUGGUUGUACUUGAUGGAGGGUAUGCGUGUGAGUUUGAAAUUUUUAUUACACCAUAUUGCACAACAAGGAUAGAAGACAAAUUGUCUAUUCUUAGCUUUGAUAUGAAAGAAGGAAUUGAAACUCUUAGUAGUAUUAUUAUUAGAACGGAAACAGAAAUUAGUACAAGAUUAGAUUAUGAUGAAUUAAUUCAAGAAAAGAAAAUAGGAGAAGGAUCAUUUGGGGUCGUCUUUAAAGGGACUUAUAGAGGACGUAUUGUUGCUAUAAAAAAAAUAAAAGAAUCACAAAGUACUGAAAAAGCAUUGAUUGAGUUUGAAAAAGAAGCUACUAUGUUGGACAAAUUUAGAAGUGAUUAUAUCGUUCAUUUUUAUGGUGCAAUAUUCAUUCCAAAUAAAAUUUGUUUAGUAACAGAAUAUGCAGAUUAUGGAUCUCUUCGUGAUUUAAUUGAGAAGAAGAGUCACAACUUUGUAUCACAUCAUUUAAGAUUGAAAAUCUUAUUAGACGCCUCAAAAGGGAUUCAGUACCUACAUGAAAAUGAAAUGCUACAUCGUGAUAUAAAACCAGACAAUGUUUUAGUAUUAUCACUGGAUGAUAACAUUACUAUUAACGCUAAAUUAACUGACUUUGGUUCAUCAAGAAAUGUAAAUUUAUUAAUGACAAACAUGACAUUCACCAAAGGAGUUGGAACACCUUCUUAUAUGGCACCUGAAAUAUUAAAUAGACUAAAAUAUAAAAUGCCAGCAGAUAUUUAUUCAUUUGGUAUGACGAUGUAUUCUGUAUUAAAUUGGUCAGAGCCAUUUCCAAAACAAAGUUUUAAAUUUGCAUGGGAUGUAGCAGAAUUUAUUGAGUCAGGAAACCAUUUACCUCAAUACAAUAUAAAAGAUGAAGAGUAUGCUUUGAUAAUGCGGUGCUGGGAAAAUAACCCCAAGUCCAGAGAAAUUAUACAAAAUGUUGUUAAAGACCUAGAGUCUCUUGUCAUUAACUCCAAUAACAUAUAA